UUGUCAGUUCGGGAACAUUCGCUCCGUGAGAGUAGCGUAGUUGUGGUGGCAACCAAGGUGCAACCAAAAGUAAUUCAAUACGAUUGACAGAAUAAUUACGAGAAUUUCAACCGAUCGCGAUGCAAGAUACAAAGAGACUACAAGAGUUUAUGGAGCUGGUCGGUCGGCUGAAGCAUAUGAAAAGGAUGGGAUGGGUAAAACGGAAUAUAUCUGAUCCUGAAACAAUUGCUGGGCACAUGUACCGUAUGGCGAUGUUAUCGUUCCUAGUGGACGGAAAAGAAAAAUUAGACAAAAUCAAAAUAAUGCAGAUGACAUUAAUUCAUGACUUAGCUGAAUGUAUUGUGGGAGACAUAACACCUUAUUGUGGCAUACCACCAGAUGAAAAACAUAGAAUGGAAGACGAAGCUAUGGAAGAUAUUUGCAAGCUGUUAGGUGAUAAGGGACCUGAGAUAUUACAAAUAUUUCGUGAAUAUGAAAAGCAGGAGUCUCCUGAAGCGCAGUAUGUUAAAGACUUAGAUAGACUAGACUUGCUGAUGCAAGCAUAUGAAUACGAAAAAAGGGACAACAUUCCGGGAGAAUUGAACGAAUUCUUUGUCGCGAUUAAUGGCAAAAUUAAACAUCCUGUUAUCAAUAAAAUCGCUAUUGAUAUUACCGAAGAGAGGGACAAAUUUUGUCGUAAUAUAAAUGUAUCGAAAUAGCAAAAGGUAUAAUCCAAGGACAAACCUGGAAGAACAAGCUUCCAGAUAGCUCAAAUGAUAUUUUAAUCGUUACCACGCGCUUUAUUAAACAAUGGCUAUUAAUGUUACACGUAAUUUUAAUACAUAAGAUUUUGAUAUAGGUAGUAUAUAAAACAAGCUUAUAUAUAUAUAAUU